AUGGCGGAGACAGCCUUGGCGAAAGGUUUGAAUUUUGCUCCCACUCCUAAUCGAAUACCUAUUGAGACGAUAAUAACAAGUGUUGAGGGUACAAUCAUACAAAAUAGAAUACCAGCUACGGGCGCUGAUUGUAUCAGACAGGAUGUUGCGUCCAUGAUCCGUAAGUCCCACUUGCCAAAAUCUAACAUGCCGCAGGGGGAGUUGAGGGCGCUGCGCGAGCUCCGCGAGAACUUGGACGUCUUGGUGUUGCCAGCUGACAAGGGCAAUGCAACGGUUAUUGUUGACACUCAGGCGUAUGAUAAUAAAAUUGCCGAGCUGCUAAGUGAUGCGACAACAUAUAAAAAGGUUAAUUAUAAUCCUACGGCGAGAGUGACGGCCAAAGUUAAUAAGCUAUUGCAGAAUUUACCAGAUAAAUGUAUGGCAACACGACUGCGUCCACAUAACCCUACGUCGCCUAAAAUUUAUGGUUUGCCUAAAAUUCAUAAGCCUGAUUGGCCACUAAGGCCGAUAGUGAGUCAGAUUGACUCGCCCACUUAUAAGCUUGCCCGUCAUAUGUCGUCGAUAUUACAGGACUUCACGGGCGAGACCGCGAGUUACAUACGAGAUUCGAGGCACUUCAUUAAUUUGCUGAGGGAUAUUCAACUGUGUGAAGACGAACUUAUGGUGAGCUUUGACGUAACAUCAUUGUUCACGAACGUACCAGUGGAUGAGACUAUUAAGAUAAUAUCAGACCUUUUGGCUGCUACUGAUUUACCUACUGUGUACUUGAACGCUAUUGAGUUGUGUCUGAAAUCUGGAUAUCUGAUGUGGCAUGGUGACUAUUAUCUUCAGGUUGAUGGAGUGGCCAUGGGUUCGCCGAUAGCUCCCGUUGCUGCCAACAUUUUUAUGGAAUGGCUAGAGGAAAAGUUAUUAAAUAGCUCGCCAAUAGUACCAAAAUGUUGGUGGCGGUAUGUAGAUGACGUGUUUGCGAUUGUCUCAAGGGAUUGCCUACAUGAGUUCACAGCAUACAUCAACACCUUGCACGCUAAAGUCGAGUUCACGGUGGAGAGGGAGUUAGAUGGGAAGUUUCCCUUUCUGGAUGAUCCCGUGUUCCUGUGGGAAGUCAUACAUUGGAGAGACCGGCCGGAACAUCUCGACAAGGCUUUCUGA